UCCGGUCCCGAGGGAGGGCCGGUGGGCUCGACCAGCACCCGCCUAGGAGGCAGCCCGUCGGGGCUGGGCGACCGGGGGACUAUGAACAGUGGGGUCCCGAGGACUCUGGCCGUGGGUAGAGUGAAAUUCUUUGGCCGGCACCGCGGGGAGGUCAACUCCUGUGCAUUCUCCCCCGAUGGCCAGAUCCUGCUCACAGCCUCAGAUGAUGGCUAUUUGUAUGGCUGGGAAACCCAGAGUGGGCAGCAGCUGUGGAGGCUGGGUGGCCACACAGGCCCCGUGAAGUUCUGUUGCUUCUCCCCUGACGGCUGCCUCUUUGCCAGCACCUCCCAUGACUGUACCAUCCGCCUGUGGGAUGUAGCAGGAGCCAAGUGUCUGCGGGUCCUGAAGGGUCAUCAACGGAGUGUGGAGACCGUCAGCUUCAGCCCUGACUCAAGGCGGCUGGCAUCGGGUGGCUGGGACAAACGGGUGAUGCUCUGGGAGGUGCAGUCGGGCCAGAGGCUGCAGCUCUUAGUCGGACACCAUGACUCCAUCCAGAGCAGUGACUUCUCACCCAGUGCGGACUGCCUGGCCACCGGCUCCUGGGACUCCACUGUGCGCAUCUGGGACCUGCGAACAGGGUCCCCAGCACUCUUCCACCAAAAGCUGGAGGGCCACAGGGGCAACAUCAGCUGGUGCUACUCAGCAUCUGGCCUCCUGGCAUCUGGCUCCUGGGACAAGACCAUCCACAUCUGGAAGCCUCAGACGGGUAACCUGCUUGUUCAGCUUGAGGGCCAUGUCACCUGGCUGAAGAGCAUAGCCUUCUCUCCUGAUGAACUGUGGCUGGCCAGCGCUGGCUACUCCCGCAUGGUCAAAGUGUGGGACUGGAACACAGGAAGGUGCAUUGAAACCCUGAAGGUAAGGCCUGCUAGUGUUCCAAGAACCCAGUGCUGUGCCUUCACCCCAGAUGGGAAACUCUUAGUGUCUGGAGCUUCUGACCAGAUUUGAUGCACGCCCACUGCAUGAUCAAAUCACUGAGAGUCAGGUGCUGACAGGUGGCCUCUCGACCAUAACAUCACUUCAUCAACAUGAAUGGCAAGCCUCACCUGUGUCCCUGCCCAGGGCAGCAGAAUGCACCAUUGAAGGAUAGGCUGGGCAGUUCCAUGCCAUGGGAUCAAGGUGUGUAACAGAGCAUCCAACAGACCCCUGCAGCCAGGACUCUAGGAUCCACACAAAAGCUGCAAGCAGAAUUGCUGGAAUCCACCAGACACCACGUGACCACAAACUAGGGCCAUGCCAGCCUCAGCCCCCUCCCGAAUCUCUCCAGUCUGAUCAGUGCAAACACCCUCAAAUACAGAGCAACAC